AUGUCGGGCUUUCUGCCGCCAACAGCGGCUCUCCGUGCCCUCGCCUCGACAGCACGAUGCAGCAGGACCACCGUGCUCCCGCGCCGGGCCGCUGCCGCCCCCAUGCCUAGCAGGUUCGCACUCCGGUCGCUCAUGACCUCCGCUUCGGGUCUCAAUCGCGCUGCUCCCCGCCCGACCUUGUCGAUGUCGUCCACUGCUGCCGCGACCCGGCCCGCACCUCCUUCGGCGGGAUCGUUCUUUGCCCAGUCGUACCUGCCAUACUCGUCAUCGCGCGGCUCGUUCUUCACUCCCUCGCGCUACCUCUCGACCAGUGCUACGGGUGUCAAGGCCAACGCCGCUGCCAGCGGAUCCAGCUCGUCCACAGAGAACCCCGACGUCCGCACGAUCCCCCGCUCUCUCCCUAUCUGGCUCUUUGGAUGCUCGGCUCUCGUCUUUGGUAUCAUCGUUAUUGGCGGUCUCACGCGUCUGACCGAGUCGGGCCUGAGCAUUACUGAGUGGAACCCUAUCACGGGCAUUCGCCCGCCCAUUACGGACGCCGAGUGGGAGGCCGAGUGGGACAAGUACAAGGUCUCCCCCGAGGGUAUCAUGAUGAACGCCAACAUUACGCGUGAGGAGUUCAAAAAGAUCUUUUUCAUGGAGUGGGGUCACCGCAUUGCCGGUCGUGCUCUCGGUGUGCUCUUCGUCGUUCCUGCCAUCUACUACUGCGCCCGCUACAAGCUCCCUCGCGGUCUUCCCACCACGCUUGCUGCCAUUGCUCUCGGUAUUGCUGCCCAGGGCGCGAUUGGUUGGUACAUGGUCGCCUCUGGUCUCAAGCAGGAGAUUCUCGACAACAAGGAGGUCCCCCGCGUCUCGCAGUACCGUCUCGCCGCGCACCUCUCGGCCGCUCUCGCUCUCUACAUUGGUAUGGUCUACACUGCCGUCUCGCUCCGCCGUGACGAGCGCCUGGCCUCGCUCAUGCGCUCUGGUUCGGAAGGUUUCGCCAAGGUUGACUCGCUGGUCACCGCCCUCAACUCGCCCGCUGUUCGCAAGUUCCGUGUCGCCAUCGGUGUCCUCGGUGCCAUGGUCUUUGUCACUGCCGUUACUGGUGCAUUUGUUGCCGGUCUCGACGCCGGUCUUGUCUACAACGAGUUCCCCAUGAUGGGUGAGGGUAUCAUGCCCCCCGUCAACGAGCUCCUUGAUCCCCGCUACUCCAAGACUGCAGACCAGUCCGACCUUGUCUGGCGCAACGCUCUCGAGAACCCCGUCACUGCGCAGUUUGACCACCGUGUUAUGGCCGUGACUACUGCUACGCUCCUCAUCCUCCAGCACCUCGUCGCACGCCGUCCUGUCCUCCGUCUCGGCCCCAACGCGCUCCCUCGCGCCACCCAGCGCUGGUCCGCUUGGACCGCUGCUGCCGCGCUUGGCCAGGUCGCCCUCGGCAUCUCGACCCUCAUCUACCUCGUCCCCAUUCCUCUUGCCGCCGCGCACCAGGCCGGCGCCGCCGUUGUCCUCACGUGUAUCAUGGGUCUUGCCGGCUCGAUGCGCCGCCCCGGCCGUGCGGUCGAGGCCCUGCUCGGUUCUCUCUUGGCCACUCUCUCGCAACAACCGCGGGCAAAGCACACAUAUCACCCCCAGCAACAUUGCGCAUCCUCCUCCAUCCAUCCUCCCAUCCCCCAGCGUCCCUCUGCCAGCUUCAUACCAUCCAGUGCCAUGUCCGCUUACGUCGUCGGCUUGGUCCCGCGUAUCCGGCAGAUUCUUAAAGGAAGCGACCUCUCCACCGUCUCGGCCAAGGCGGUACGCAAGCAGCUCGUCACCGACGGUGAGGAGCCGGCUGCCAUCAAGGAAUACCGUGGCGAGAUUGACGAGCGCAUUGGCGAGAUCUACGAGGAGCUGGCUGGCGGCAGCGAUGGCGAGAGCGAGGAUGAGAAUGACAAGCCCCUCGCGUCCAAUUCGAACUCGCGCGCACCUCACUCUAGCGGACACGCCCCGUCGAGUUCCCAGCCUGAACCUCUCGUCGAGCGCAAGCCCAAGCCCAAGAAGCCCGCCAGCAAGGGCGGUGACCAGGUCGAGUCGGAUGCGGCCAUGGCGGCCCGCAUGCAGGCCGAGUACGAUGCUGCCACCCGCGGUGCCCGCGGAAGCCGACGCGCGGCGGCGCCAACACCAAAGAAGAAGACCAAGAAGGACAAGGUGAAGAAGCGCAGCGCAAGUGAUGUUGAAGAUUCGGAUGCGAGUGACGGCAAGCCAAAGAAGAAGCGCGGUGGUGGCGGUGGAGCCUUUAACAAGGAGCUCAUCCUGAGUGACGCGCUCGGCGCGUUUCUUCAUGAACAACGUCUCUCGCGUCCCCAGACCGUCAAGAGGAUAUGGGACUAUGUCAAGGCCAACGACCUCCAGGACCCUUCGGACAGGCGAUUCAUCCUCUGCGACGCGGUCAUGCAGACCGUCUUCCACACCGACAAGCUUCACAUGUUCACCAUGAACAAGCUCCUUGCCCAGCACUUCCGAGACCCGGACGAGGUGGUCUAG